AUGCAGAGCAUUCGACAGAUCCAGGAGCUCAACAAGCGGGAGCUCGAAGCUGGGGUCUCCCCAGAAGCAUCAUGGCACACAGACUACCGUGACACAGCUUACAUCUACAUUGGCGGUCUCCCAUUCGAGCUUUCCGAGGGCGAUGUCGUCACGAUAUUUUCUCAAUUCGGUGAGCCGACUUACAUCAACCUCAUUCGCGACAAGGAGACUGGCAAGUCGAAGGGCUUUGCAUUUCUGAAGUAUGAAGACCAGCGGAGCACAGACCUCGCAGUUGACAACCUGGGAGGAACUGUGAUUAUGGGCCGCACGUUGAAAGUGGAUCAUACGAGAUAUAAGAAGAAGGAUGAUGAGAAGGAAGAGGGACAUGAUCUUACGCAACGGCCGCCUGAGGUGGACGAGCAGGAAAGUAGGAGGAAGAGGAGACGGACUGAUGAGAGCGAUAGUGAGAGCGAGAGGGAGAGACCUAUGCUCAAGGAGGAACGCGAACUAGCGAAGCUGAUUCAGGACCAUGAUGAUGAGGACCCUAUGAAGUCGUAUUUGGUGGAGGAGAAGAAGGAGGAGGUUACUAUGGCUUUGGCGAGAUUGAAAAAUGGGAAGAUGGGGGAGAAGUCUAAGUCGAGGCAUCAUCACCAUAGGUCACGGCGGCCGAGGGAUGAGGAGGAGAAAGAAGGUGGGCGCUCUCAUCGCCGGAGUCAUCGCCGAGAGAAGAGGUCACAUUCGAGAGAGCGGUCUCCUAGAAAUGGCGAGUCGAGGGCCGAACGUAGUGAGGACCGUGAGGAGAAGUCAAAUCACAGAAAGGAAAGCCCAACGAGUGAUAGUCGGGAUAGAGGAGGUCAAAAGAGGUAUAAGGAACGAUCCAGGAGAAGAGAAGCUUCAGUGGAAGACAGGCGGCACUCGUCGAGACGGUAUUCGUAG